CUGCGCCUCCGCAGACCACCGUCUCCCCUCCUUCCCCGUCGCGACUACCGACGCGUCGAGCCAUUCGCUCAGCCCGUUGCAGCGAGCAGCUUGCUACUCGCGAGGACGUUGUGUCCUCUCUUCUGGACUUGAGCAUGCUCCAGGCUCGUCAAGAGCGACUCACCCUCCAUGUCGCUGCACUGCGUCACCUUCUCGCCAUCCUCUCUGACCCUGAUCACACCCUCCCGAUCAUCCCAGUACGACUCGGGACCUCCACGAGGGUGUACUCGGCGUUGUGGGAUUCCGGUUCUCAGGGCGACUUCGUUCACCCACGCGUGGUGAAGGAAGCCCGCUUACCCACGACAGGGUCUCCGACUCCCAUCUCCGUUACCCUAGGGGAUGACAAGACCCAGUGCUUCUUCGAUCAGACGGUCACCGGCCUCCCCUUCUUCCUCACUCUUGAGCGGACUGAUCGUUCCCCGACGUCUCGUCGCCACCGCUCCUCUGCACAUUUCGAUGUGAUGGAGACGGGGUACGACUUCAUUCUCGGCACUCCGUGGUCUCGUCGGUUCCACAGCACCGAGGCCGAUUGGGCGACCAACACUCUCGUUCUCAAAACGAAGUGUGGACAGGCGUAUCGCGUACCUUUCAUAGGUACCACGGCGACACUACACCCCGAUCCUCCUCCCCCGGAGCCUUCAGUGCCCACACCAUCUCCCUCUAUCACUGUCACCUCGCCUCGGCAGUUCGCUCACUUCAUUCGACAGGACGAUGUCACCUUCUUUAUGGUGGAAGUGACGGAUCUCUUACACUAUGAUCCACCCUGUCUCGACGUCGAGCUUAUCCCUCUGGAGCCCGAUCCUCCAUCUAUCUCCAUGGCUCCCAUCUCAACUUCCGUCGCUCCGCUGUCCGUCGAGUCCACCCCGCCGUCGCGCGCUGACGCUGACGCUGAGGAACUCGCACGRUAUGCGGCUGACUUGGAGCCCGCAGUUCGUGACCUCAUCCGAGAGUACCACGACAUUUUCCCAUCGUCGUUCUCAUACGCCGGCAUCCCACCGUUGCGUGACGUCGAGCACUCCAUUCAACUUGUGCCUGACUAUCGUGUUCACCACCAGGCACCCUACAGACUCUCGAUCCCCGAGGCCACCGAAUUCAAGCGUCAGCUUGAGGAGCUCCUGAGACUGGGUUUCAUUAAACCCAACAACUCCCCGUGGGGUGCACCCGUCCUCUUUGCUCGCAAAGCGGACGGAACUCUCCGUCUCUGCAUCGACUAUCGCGGUCUCAACCGCUACACGGUUAAGAACAGCUACCCCGUGCCUCCUUCCGAUGAGCUGUUCGACCGCCUAGCAGGCAACCGCUUCUUUACGAAGAUUGAUCUUCGUAGCGGUUACCAUCGGAUCUGCCUACGUGUCCGAGCAGUAGUAGAGUUCCAUGACCAGGCAGCUGCCGGUCAUAUGGGUUUCCACAAGACGUUGGCUCGUGUGAGCCGCCUGUACGUCUGGCCGAAGCGCAAGGACUUUGUGAAGAACACCGUCGCAGAGUGUCCCAUCUGUCAGGAGGUGAACAAUGCGAACCACCUGCCUUAUGGUUUGCUCCAGCCUCUUCCUAUCCCUGAGGGUCGUUGGCAGUCCAUCUCGAUGGACUUUAUCGGUCCUCUUCGUCCUCCGACCCCUCGCGGUCAUGAUGCUAUCCUGGUCGUCGUCGACCGCUUCACAAAGCGUGCACGCUUUGUUCCGUGCCGCUAUGCCAUCAGUGCACGUGAGGUCGCCGACAUCGUGUUUGACCGAGUCGUGCGUGACCACGGCUUACCUCUGAUCAUCAUAUCUGACCGUGACCCGCGCUUUACCAGCCGAUUCUGGCGACGGCUCCACGAGGUAUAUGACACUCAGCUCCGCUUCUCCUCGUCCUACCAUCCUCAGACUGAUGGUCAGACCGAGAUCAUGAACAGGACUCUCGGAGAUAUUCUUCGAAAGAUUGUCCGUGACGACCAACAGUGGGAUCUUCAUCUUGCCCACGCGGAGAUAGCCUACAACCACGCCGUCUCGCCAGCCACGGGGAUGUCGCCUUACUAUUGCGACCUCGACUAUCACCCUCGUAUUCCCGCGGACUUCCUUCGACCGUCCCAGCUGCACCCCGACACGAGUUGUCCCGCGCUGGACAAUUGGGUUGCACACAUGACGUCGAUCAUGAAGACCGCACAUGAGCACAUAGCCGCUUUCCAGACUCGCAUGGCAGCAUGUGCGAACCGAUCGAGGAUAGAUCAUCCAUUCAAAGUCGGUGAUGAUGUGCUUAUUGACGCCCACCACUUACAGCUCAAAGCAGACACGCUUCGCAAGUUUCGACGUCGCUUCUUUGGCCCAUGCCGCAUCCUCCAGGCCAUCGGUUCUGAUACGGCAUCUAGCCCGGUUAGCUUCCGUGUGAAGUUGCCCGACUACCUACGCUAGGCUCGUGUGCACGAUGUCUACCACGUCUCGUUACUGCAUCCUUACCGCAG